AGAGUGCAAUGGUGAAGUCGAGCAUAUUAAAAUCGAAGUUUCAAGGUCUUAUUUGAAAAUAUUUUGUUUUAUACAUCUUAGUGCUAUCGAUUAGAAAGUUUUAGUAACUUUAGAAUCAGAACUUGAGAAGAGGAAGAAACAUUUAAGCUGGUUGAUUUCUCGGACAGUACCUUUAUUAUUAUCAGUUUAUAACUUAAGCUAAUUAUGUGUUAGAAUUGUUGCUUGGCCAUUACUGAUCAUCUAGAUUUACAAAUUACGCUACACUACAGUGUAUAAUAUCAGUGCUGUUGUCUACCGAGUGACGUACCAGUGAAAUAAAGUAGGUAUAACAGUUGUGUACGCAGAAAGACCGAAUGUUUAAUAUCUGGUGCCGUGGAACCAUGAAUACGAUUAGGAUAGGCUAAAGAAGUGGAUAUAGUUGGAAGGUUACCAAAACCCACUUUCAAGUGAAUGGGCCCAGAAUCUCUAACUAGCAACUACAAGAAUAUUUUAUCUUGCAUCACAAGCUUAAACAAUACCACCGUGGACAGGUCGACAGAAGAAACAGUUACAUUAACCAAAGCCCAGCUGCGGGCACUCCUUGAUGUGAUUGGACAGACUCGAUCUUUAUCCCUUGACAUUGGGGAAAAUAAAAACAGUGAUGGAAAUAAAAAGGAUGAAGGUGGUGUGAUGGAUAUGAACUCCAACUAUUAUACAUAUCAACGGACAGAUGAUGGUGGGCUUCCCAAUUGGGCACAUAGAAAUUCAACACCUGGCUUCCUACCAAAUCCUACUUCCCCAUGCCGUAUCUCGGCAUCCAGCCCACCACUUAAUAAUUCUGCAACGUUCCCUCGGCGUAGGUCAUUUUCACAACCAGAAAUAGCUGGACAAGCUCUCAGCAAGGUAGAACAGAAAAGACUGCAGUGGGAAAGGGAGAGAGAGGAGAUGCAGGUGUAUGAUCCAUGGGGCAAACCGGGUGCUGGAGCUCCACUUCAACGUCAUAAUUCUGUUGCAGUUGUUGGGCCAACCCCAUCAUCCCAGCUAGUAGUAGUCCAUACGUCCUGUAGUCAGCCUACUGUUUCCUCCCGUAAUUCUGCCUCUACAACAUCAGGAGGACAUAGCAUAGCUAGCUAUGCCUCCCCUUCUCAGACAUAUAGCAGACACAUACCACCCAUACUGAGAAGUUCCCUUCCUUUUGGUCCCAACAGUAACAACGUGGCAGGAGAAGAUGUAGAGCACCAACAAAGAGAGUGGGUACAUGUUUUAGGAAAACAGAGAGAAGAACAACGACAGCGGCGAGCAUUGGAACACCAACAAAAUUUAAUGAGUCCUUCACCAGAGGGAGCUUGGUUCAAUGUAUUCAAAGAUACAACAGAUGCUCGUCCAUCUUCUCUUUCUGGUGGACCAGCUCAUUUGGCCACUAGUGAUUUAACCACAGUUGUACAGCUUCCUGUAGGUUUUCCCCAGAAGGAAAUACAAGACUGUCCACUGCUUUCUACCAGUGUUCCUGAAAGGGAGCAUUCUGAACAAAGGUGUGUCUCUAUGGGGCUCUCUGCUGUUGGGUAUCAUAUUCCAUCAGCCAUCAGCUCUCCCUUCAGAUGCUUUCUGAAGGAAGCUCAUUUAGGUUUAAUGUUUGUACCAGCCCCUCUACUAUUUCGUUGUGGGAUUCUAGCUAUUCUGUAUGCAGUGGAACAAGAAGAAAGAAAACGACAAGUGCUGUUAGAUGCCGUAAAUCAGGCUCAAGCUGCAGCUGAAGCUGAUAAGAAGGCUCGUAAAGCUCAGCGACUUGGCAGACAGAAAGUAGUGUCCGAUAGUGACGAAACAAAUAGCCUCAGUCAUUAUCAUGCACAGAAUAACCAUUCAUACAAUCCAAAUGAUGGAGCGCUAUCUGAUCCUGAACUAGCUAGACACACAGACAGUCCGUUACAUGCAUCAAGAAGUGAGAUUGAAGAUUCAUCUGAAAAAACUCCAAGAUAUACCCAACAGAUGGCUAGGGUACAGCCAGUCCAAACAGUUGAACAUCAGUGGGCCUCUGACAACAACCUCACACAAGAUACUUCUGGUUCUACCAAUCGUGAAUUUGCGGUACAAACAACCAAUUCCACAUCAGCGACUGUGGUCCAUUCUCCUUAUAUUGAGAACCGAAUUCUCACUCCUUCAAAACAUAGACUGAGGGCUAAGCAGGUGGAACUUUUAGGACGUGAAUUUGGGACCCAGACAGAAACGGACACCUCCGAAAAGUGGUUAACAGAUAAUGUGGAUGCAGACAGCACUACCAGCUCAGAAGUGCAUCCCUACCGAAAAAAAUUUCAUCGCGUACAACACAGUAAGCCUACUAAAGCUUCUCGUAAAGUCUUUGAGAGGAACUUUGAUGAUCCACGGGACCGUCCAAAAUGGAAUGCUAACCAACCUGAGAAAUCUUUUGUGAAGAUGACUGAAAGAGACCCAAAUUUCCACAGAAGAAAAAAAAUGCAGGAGCUGAGAAAACAACACUGGGAAAGAGAAAGAGCGUAUCAAGAAGCUAUGGCUGAGGCACGACGUUCUGUCAUUUCAACUAGAAAAACAAGGAAAAAUAUUCACCUUAGCCAAGCUCCCUUAAGUUCGGAAGGUGAAGGAGGGCAAGAGAGUAGCUCAGACGUCGAGAAUCGGCCAGCACCUUUUUACCGGUCCAACCUUCCACCAGUUCUUGCCAUUAGAAAAGAUUUGAUUCCAUCCCAUAUCCGACCUGGAUUGGUUGAUGACUUCAACCGAGAAGACUGUGGACCUACAACUAACAACCAAGCCCUUUCUUCGGGCUAUUUUUCAGAUAAUGUAUACAGUAGAAAGCUUUCUGAAACUCCAGAGUUUCCACCAAUAAGGAGACGUUGGUAUAGUCAGGAAAAUUUCAAUCCACCACCCCCUGUAAUAGAAGACCCACGAUCUAUCUCCCCACCAGUCCCUGCUAUUCAAAAAAAACUGAUGGGUAGUAGCAUGGAGGAACUUUCUUCGGGUUUCACACCACGUAGGAAAUGGAGUGAUCAAGACAACUUUAAUCUUGGUGGUAUGGCCAUUUCUCAACCUGUUGCUCACCGUCGUACAUCACAGGACAGUAGGUCAGAUUUGGUUCCCGAAGAUCCUUUGAGAGGGGAUCCUCUUGUAAAUCCUGAAACUGUUACGGGAAGGCCAACCCCUCGUCAGGAUCGAAUACUUCAGCAGCUUUCCUCUUUAAGACAGGGCCUUAUGGAAAAGCAGAAAGAACUAGAGAUGUUGUUUAGAACUAAAACAUCUUGAUGGAUGCUUCAUAUUGUAUUUCAGAGGGGUUCAUACAAGACGUUCACAGCCUUCUGAGUGUCCUUUAAAUAAGUUAUUUUUUUCUUUUCACUUAAAAAUCGAUUUUGUUUUUCAACUAUUAAAGUAUAAAUGACUGAAAUUUAUGUUUAGGAGUGAACUUUUAUAAAAGUUUGUUUGAGAGUGAGGACUAGUGACUACCGUGCCAGAAAUUGAAUGUUAUAUUUACAAAUAUUCUCUGUGCCAUUGAGAACAAGGGAAGUUAUGGAUAAUGAUAUGAUUUCUGUUUUAACGGAACCUGAACAUUUACUGAGAGUAAAACCUUGCCUGUUUUUGCUAUGCAUAUAUUUCCUUACCAAAUGUGGCUUUACUGACAGAAAGAAGAGAUUUGUAUAAAAUAUGGAGUACACUUUAGCUCUUAAAUGAUCUUGUGCAUUGACAGUCUUACAGAGCAUCAUUGCUUCAUCAGUACAGAAUAAGUAA